GGGGCAGACCUGACGCAAUCCAUUCAUUCUUCCUUCACAAAAAUGCCAAAGCGAUGGGGGUAUGUCCAUUGUCUCAUCAGGGUAUAUAAGGACUCAGCAAGACCUCAAACACCCAGUUCCAUCUCCCCACCCAGCGCACAUAAGGUUAUCAACAAUGGAGACUGUCUUCUCCGACAUGGACACCUCAAGCUGUGACUACUCCUUUACGCACACGGAUGAUGAGGACUCACGCAGCAGCCUCCACUCCGCGUCCCCCGCGUCCUCCUGCGGCAAGCCGCCUGCGUCUCCAGCCGAGCUCCAGCAGAAAAAGCGGCGCAGGGGGCGCGCGAGGAACGAAGCCACCGUGCACGUCGUGAAGAAGAACCGCCGGGUGAAGGCCAACGACCGCGAGAGGAACAGAAUGCACAACCUCAACGACGCCUUGGAUGCUUUGAGAAGCGUGCUGCCUGCCUUUCCCGACGACACGAAGCUGACCAAAAUCGAGACUCUGCGCUUCGCUCACAACUACAUCUGGGCGCUUUCCGAGACCAUCCGGAUCGCAGACCAGCGGCAGGGCAAGUCCAGAGACCCGCCGCUGCUGCGCCCCGGACUAAGCUGCAUGGGAGAUGCGCCCAGCCCCGGCGGUAACUCUUGCUCCUGGCCAUCCGGCGCAUCCUCCUCGUCUUCAUCUCCGUCUUACUGCAGUUCAGACCCGGGCAGCCCUGCAGCCAUGGACGAUUUUGGAUAUUUGCAGACCGAUGUCGUUUACAGCUACCACAACUUCGUACCUGGCAUCUAUUAAUGUGACUCAAGCGUUCUCAUGUCUGUAUAGAGUCUGCAGAAGUAUGUAGUUUCAAAUCAGAGGACUUUGCUGUUACCUUUCUUAUAGAACCAAGAGCACAACAUUAGGUAUUCACUGUUUGCCUUAACGACAGUUCACAGAUGAGAAUGUUUUUAUUUUUGUACGUUUUGUUACCGAUAUUGAUGCCUUUUCCAAUAUCUCUGCACUUUUCGCAUUCUUUGGAGCAUGACAUUAAACGCCUGUUAGAGAAAAUGAUCAUUUAAACCAAGACUGAUUGGCCUUUGCAGUCCAAGGUGAAAAGUCAAUAUUACAAUUUGUAGAGCGAUAAAGCAGAAAAACGAGCGUGAAAAUUCCGUUUCAAGGCUGUGACAAUAGACUGAAUGGACAA